AUGGAAAAGGAUGUAAGCCCAUCACACAAGAGAUAUAUGCAGGGGGUCCUACUAUCAAAAAUAGCACCUGGCGUCCAUAGAGUCCUCACAGAAACAUCUGAUCUUUACAGAAGUAAAAGUGUCAGUGGCCUCCCAUUGAAGUCUGAGCUCACCAACCUGAUUGAGAAGACCCUGCAAGAAGUUGAAGCUGGGAAUUCAGAAGAGAGGACAAAACGUGAAGUAGAGGACUGCCAGGUGGAGCUGAAUAAGAAAGGGGAUGAUGACAAAGAGGAAGAUAAGGAUGGAGACUACAGUCAAGAAGAAUAUGGCACUAGAAUAGACAUGGCUGAGCAACUGGAAGCAGAGACAGAAGAUUUAAAAGUGGAAGAAGUUCUCCUGGAGGUACAGAAAGACCUGUCUGCUUUUGUGGAAAUUGACCUAAGAGACGAAGUUGAGGAGAUAACUGAACACUUCUUGACAGAGGAGAAACAACCGGAAGAAGAGGAAGAACCAGCUGAACUCGAGUAUGGAAAACAUUUUAACCUUCAUGCAAAACAUUAG